GAGACCGGGGUAGUUGUGAAAACAGCGAGUACAGCGGAAAACAGGUUUUAUUUUGAAAAAAUGUACCACUUUACAAUUGAUCGCUCGUUAAUGAAAGUGCGAUAAGCGUUAUUUCUCUGGCUUCUGGCAAAAUUUUAAGCCAACGAAACGGAUAAGGAGCGCCACAGACCGGACUGCCUGUUGCACUUUUCAAGUUAAGUAAAGGCUCUCGUCCUCUCCAGAGUCGGACAGGAUGCAGUGUGAGUCUGCCCCCAUUUCCCACCAUCUCUUUGUUUACAGUUUCUCCUGCUAGCUUACGGCCCCUCACAAACUAACAUUACCGGUGCAAUAAAAACAGUCAGAUGGCAGUUCGGAUGAGAAAAAACUGUCGUCCAUCUAGUUGACUACAAGCGGAUCCAUCAAAAUAGAACGAAGCCGGAGUCCUAUGUCACGAUUUGAAUAAAAACAUACUCAGAAAUUCAAUUUUAAUCUUAAUUUUCUUCAUAAAUGCCCUCCAUUGUGAGGAAAAUGACACAAGAACAUGUUAAAAACACAUUUUUUUUUUAAUCUCUAAGAGGAUUACUUUUUCCUUGUUUUUUCUAAGAAUGCCCCAUAGUGUGUGAUAAAGAGAGGUGCUUGUCCCAUCAGAAAGUAAAACAGGAAAGCCGGUUGUCAGACAUACCGGCUGGUGAAGGUGUUUGUGCUCCAUGAUGGCUAUUCAAGAGGGAUAAGGGGAAAAAAUCGUUAAAGUUUGCGCACAAAGCACUGAGCACACCUUUAGUCAGUCUGGGGAUGAAUGUGGAUUUUGAAGCGCAGCAGUGACCACACUUUCCCUCCCUCCAUCUCCAUCCUCUCCUCCCCCCUCCUCCUCUGUUGCAGUAUCAUCCUGUACUGGACCACAUGAGCAACACCAGCCCAUCCCGGAGUAUCACAAACACCUCACAGCAGCUCCCCCCUUCACUCCUCUCGCUCCUUGACGCAGAGAAAUCCGUCCUUUUUUGGAGCGGUGCUUUUGUAUUUUAUUGGAUUUUGCUUUGAAUUCAAAUGACAUCACGUUGCUGCAGUGCCGCGCUGUCCAUGAAAGGUGUCAGUCGUUUCCUGUGAAGACGGCGAGAAUGUGUCCAGUCCGCUCCAGACAUCAUGGCGUGACAGCAGCGCCGCGCGCCUUUUAGGCAAGGAGGAGGAGGACGCGCAAAAGCCUCCGCGGGGCGCGUUUGGUUUGUUUUUUCUUCUCCGGGACACCGACUGAUCCUCCAUCCCGCCCCGGCGGGAGAACCCCGUCUGCGUCGCUUGCUGUGGAGGAGCGAGUCGUGCAUGAAACUAUUUUUCGCUCGCAUGGGUACGCAUCAUUCUGGAGGAGAUUUGGUGCGGGGAUGAGACGCGCCAUCCCGCAUGGGUGGGAUUCCUUCAAUGCGCCUCUGAUCGGGGAAGUUAUGGCAACAAACCGUGGAAAGGACGCCGGGCUGAGGAUCCCGGUGCUGACGGGGGGGCAUCUGUGCGCCUAGGACACCCAGCCUCCCUCCAAAGAGCCCGGACUGCAUCUCUCCAUCACCGCCUCGUGAUACAGAAGCUGAACUCGCCCUGUUCCUGCGUAAGGAGACCGGAAAGCUGCGCGCUCACGCACACAGGGCUGGAUCAUUUGAUGUCUGCCCCCCUCCCCAGAGCUGCUGUUGGAUUUUCACUGUUUUCUGACUUUGAGUCCCAAUCGGAUUGUUGGGGGAUUUGAGGUGGGGUUCCAUCCCGACGCAGGUAACCUGAAGGUGGCUCCUGCUUAGGGACAUUAGAGCCGCUUAUCACGUCCCAUGGAUUUCUGCAUCACAGCACUGACCAGCUUGAUGAGGCGAUUUGGAAUAAAAGAAGUCGACAUUUGAUAAUCAGAUUGCCUCUUUAUUUAUCCAGUGAGACAAGUGUGCAUCCAGUUGAAUCAUGAGCCGUUUGGCAUCAAUAAUUGCAACACUUUUGACCGCUUUGAGGAGGGGUCGGCGAGGAGCGUAACAUCUGGGCUGUUUUACCCUGGUUCCUGUGAGAGUCACCUGGCUCCGCCCCUUUUAUUUUCUUCAAACACCUGGUCAGCGUGCUCAAACCUGUGAUGGAGACCAGCGCUUGAAAUUUGGAACGGAAAACUAAUCAGCAAUGGACCGGUUGGUGCUGUGCAUGCUGCUGUGCGCGGUCCUGGUGAAGGGACACAACUGCCCCGGCCGCUGCAUCUGCCAACACCUCUCCCCGACUCUGACUCUGCUCUGUGCCAAGACGGGCCUGCUGUUUGUGCCGCCCACGAUCGACCGCAAGACCGUGGAGCUGCGCCUGACGGACAACUUCAUCACUAUUAUCCGCAGGAAGGACUUUGUCAACAUGACGAGCUUAGUCCACCUCACGUUGUCCCGCAACACCAUCAGCCAGAUCGUCCCCCACGCCUUCGUGGGGCUGCGCUCGCUGCGGGCGCUCCACAUGGACGGGAAUCGCCUCAGUGUCAUCAAGAGCGACCACUUUAAAGGGCUCAUUAACCUGCGGCAUCUCAUUCUGGGGAACAACCAGAUCCACGAGGUGGCCUCCACCUCCUUUGAUGAGUUUGUUUCCACGAUCGAAGACCUGGAUCUUUCCAAUAACAACUUGCGCGGCCUGCCCUGGGAAGCCAUAGCCAGAAUGAGUAACAUUAACACGCUCACCCUUGACCACAACCUGAUCGACCACAUUGAGGCGGGGACCUUUACGCUGCUCACUAAGCUGGUUCGCCUGGACAUGACCUCUAACAGGCUGCAAAAGCUGCCUCCCGACAGCUUGUUCCAGCACGCUCAGGUCCUGUCUGAUGCCAAGGGCUCCAGCUCAUCCACUCUAGCUGUCAGCUUCGGAGGAAAUCCUCUUCACUGCAACUGCGAGCUGCUGUGGCUGCGCAGGCUGACCAGAGAGGACGACCUGGAGACGUGCGCCUCGCCGGAGCACCUCAUGGAUAAAUACUUUUGGUCCAUUCAAGAGGAGGAGUUCAUCUGUGAGCCUCCAUUGAUCACCAAACACGUGGCCUCCAAGUCCUAUGUGAUGGAGGGGCAAGGCGUGACUCUUAAAUGCAAAGCUGUAGGCGAUCCAGACCCUUUUAUUCACUGGCAGUCUCCAGAUGGCAAGCUGGUGCAUAACAACUCCCGCACCAUCUUGUAUGAUAACGGUACCCUUGAUAUUCUCAUCAGCACGCUGAAGGACAACGGGGCGUUUAACUGCGUGGCGUCCAAUGCCGCAGGCAUCGCCACAGCUGCCGUGGAGAUCACCAUGAUCCCAUUACCCUUGUUCGUUAACAACACGGGCCACAUGCGCGAGGACCCUGGCCUCUCCGACAUCACCAUCCCCUCCAAAUCCGGCAACGACACCAAAGGCUACGACAAGCAGAACAGAAGGGUGGAGGUCACCGAGCUGACUUCCUCCUCUGCCGUGAUCCGAUGGCCGUCUGAGCGCCGCAUCCCGGGGAUCCGGAUGUACCAGAUUCAGUACAACAGCACAGCCGACGAUACUUUAGUCUACAGAAUGAUCCCUUCCACCAGCAAGAGCUUCUUGAUCAAUGACCUGGCAGCGGGGCGAGAGUACGACCUUUGCGUGCUGGCGGUUUACGACGACGGCAUCACUUCAUUAACGGCGACGCGUGUGGUCGGCUGUGUGCAGUUCCACACGGCCGGCGAGGUCAGCCAGUGCCGCUUCAUGCACAGCCAGUUCCUGGGCGGCACAAUGAUCAUCAUUAUCGGCGGCAUAAUCGUGGCCUCCGUGCUGGUGUUCAUCAUCAUCCUCAUGAUCCGCUACAAGGCCUACAGCAGCCCGGUGGUCAGCAAAGCCAAGAACGGCUCCAGUGUGCACCUGCAGAGCGGCGGCAGCCAGCAGCAGCUCCAGCGCUCCGUCUCCAAGCAGCCGCCCGACGAGGGACUCCGCGAAGCCCAGGCGCCGAUGGAGUGCAUGGCGCUGGUGGAGGACACCAAGAAGGAGGGUCCGACUGACAUCACUGCCAUACUGGAGGUGGAGCUGCCUUCGGGCGUGGACAAGCUAAAGCGACGGGCCAGCAUGGAUGCGCAGCGCUCUGGCCCGCCGUCAGAGGACACGCAGACGGACAGCAGCCUGACAGGCUCUACCAUGUCGCUAUGUCUCAUAGGCCCCAACGCUGGCACGAAGGAAGCUCCCCGGCUUAAGGACAAGAGGAACGUCCUGGCCAGCGUGGGGCUGCCGCCCAACGAGCUGGCACGAACUAGGCACAGAUUCUCUUUUGACGGUGGAGAUUACUCCAUAUUUCAGAGUCACAGUUACCCACGCAGGGCGAGGACGAGGUGGCACAAGUCCACCAACCAGCUCAACUUGGAGUCGUCGCCACUCGCCAACAGGAGAGUUACAUUCAGCAGCACCGAGUGGAUGCUUGAGAGCACAGUCUGAGGAAAAGCACGGUCGCCAAAAAUAUUAAAAAAACAACAAAAAGGCUCAGCUUCUCAGAGACAUAGAUAUGUACAAACACAAAUGUCUCCAUGCCAUAAAACACAACCUCCCUGCGUUCAGCAGGUGAUUACAACAAGCACAUCUGCUCACACAUGCUAUAUUUCUGUGAGUUGCUGGAAAGGAAGGAACACCGUCUCCCUUCAUCACGCCUCCCCCGUCAUCCUCCCAGAGAGAUUUGUUGUCCUUUCUUUACGCAGCGGUGCCUUAUUCUUAAAGUGUACGAAUGGAGGAUGCUGCUCACUGUUGUCAUGAAACCUUUUCCUGUCUGUCAUUGCCUCCCACUCUGAUUGUGUGUGUGGGGGGGAAAUCUGGAUUUUUAAUUGCUUCUCAUUUUUUUUGUAAAAGGGAGGUGUGGUGUUUGGAUGUGACUGUUUAACUGUAAAAAAACGGGAAAAAAAAGAGAAACGACAGCAAGAAAAAAAAAUAACAAACCCUCCAUCGAGCAGUUAACUGUAAAGUGAACAGCCAGGUGUCCUGUUAUGUCAAUCAUCUUUUUGGGAUGUUAAAAAAAAAAACUUGCACAGAAGACACGAGAUACUCGGACAAGUAUCACCACCAAUCUAUACAACAACAACAAAAAAAAAGAAAAAUUUUGAAAUACAAAUUUCUAAGAGGAUGGAUGUGGGGAAAUCUGCCGUGGAUUCCUCGGACUAUAAGAUGUUCAAUGACUAUUGUUCCAGAUGUGACUGUAUAUUAAUCGGUACCGUAUCUGGCUGGUCUAGAUCAAAGACGACAAACGAAAAAAGACAUAUAUAAAUAUAUUAAAACAUUUGGUGUAUGUGUACUAACUAUGUAAGUAAGUAAGUCAUUUGUCACAUGACUUUUUACAGAGCAUUUUGGGUGUUGGCUGCAAGUUUUUACAUUAAAAACCUGUGUCAUCACACCACUUCCUAUUUAGUAUGUCGACAUUUGGAUCAUUUAUCCCCCUUCGCAGAGGGGUAUUAAAUUUUUUUGUGUGGGUUAA